AUGACAGACGUCGAAAACGCCCUCCCCGUAGCCUCACGAGCAGACCUCCGCCGCACAAUCGCAUCCACAAAAGACGCCUACAUCGCCUCAAUCCCCAAAGUCGAACUGCACGUCCACAUCGAAGGAAUCAUAAGCGCCGAUCUCAAAUGGAAAUUCUCACAACGAAACAACCAAACUAUCCUCAACCCACGAACCGGUCAACCCUUCGCUUCACUCGCCGAACUGCGAGAUUCCCACGAUACCUUGAAACCGCGUACGGGGAAUCGCAUGGAUAACACAGAGGAAACGCUAUCGUUCUUCGAGGCGUAUUACGGUGGUUUUGAAGUGUUGAGGACGCAGCAGGAUUACUACGAUCUUGCUAUGGCGUACUAUGAGCGUGCUGAUGAAAUGAACGUGCGGGACGAGUUGGGAGAUGAUGAUGCAAGGGUUUAG